UGGGAGGGUGGGGGGGACUGGACAGAGUUGCUGGUAGUGGUGGUGCUCUUGUAAAAUGGACCAGGAAUAUGAGAGAAGGCUGCUGAAGCAAAUCAACCAUCAGAACCUACCAGAGGGCCAGCUGGCUAAGUCUGGAGGUGCGACCUGCAGUCCUCUCAGUGUCAAAUCUGGGGACCGAUUCAUUCCUACCCGUGCUGGAAGCAACUGGUGUAUCAACUUCCACUAUGCCAAUGAGAACUGUCAAUCUCCUAACCAGAACCACAGGUCGAAGGAUGCUGGGUCAGACACGGGGAAAGACACUGUGGCAUAUGCUGCCCUGCUGAGGAACGAGUUGCUGGGGGCGGGGAUAGAGAGCGUUCCAGACCUCCACACUGAGGACCGCCGCCACACCGUCUUCUCCCAGGACACACACAGCCUCUUCAGGUACACAGUCCACACUAAGAGAGUGCCUUUCGACAGUGGCAAUGAAGUCUCACCAUACUCGCUCUCCCCACUCAGCAACAAGAGUCACAAGCUCCUUCGUUCCCCUCGGAAGCCAGCCCGUAAGAUCUCCAAGAUCCCCUUCAAAGUGCUCGACGCCCCUGAGCUGCAGGAUGACUUCUACCUCAACCUGGUAGACUGGUCCGCUGGCAACCUGCUGUCUGUGGGCCUGGGGGCCUGUGUGUACCUGUGGAGCGCCUGCACCAGCCAGGUGACAAGACUGUGUGACCUGUCAGUGGAUGGGGACUCUGUGACAUCAGUGUGUUGGAAUGAAAGGGGGAGCCUCGUUGCUGUGGGAACCCAUAAGGGCUAUGUUCAGAUCUGGGACGCAGCCGGAGGGAGAAAGCUGACCAGUCUGGAAGGCCACUCGGCUCGCGUCGGAGCACUGGCGUGGAAUGGAGAACAGCUGUCUUCAGGCAGCAGGGACCGUGUGAUCCUCCAGAGGGACGUCCGCACCCCUCCAUCCGCUGAGAGGAGGCUCCAGGGCCACAGACAGGAGGUGUGUGGCCUCAAGUGGUCCCCCGACCACCAGCACCUGGCCUCUGGGGGCAACGACAACAAGCUGCUGGUGUGGAACAGCUCCAGCCUGCUCCCGAUGCAGCAGUACAGUGACCACCUGGCUGCAGUGAAGGCCAUCGCCUGGUCACCCCACCAGCACGGGCUGCUGGUGUCCGGAGGAGGCACGGCCGACCGCUGCCUACGCUUCUGGAACACCUUGACAGGCCAGCCCCUGCAGAGCACUGACACAGGCUCCCAGGUCUGCAACCUGGCCUGGUCCAAGCACGCCAAUGAGCUGGUGAGCACCCAUGGCUACUCUCAGAACCAGAUCCUGGUGUGGAAGUACCCAUCUCUGAACCAGGUGGCCAAGCUGACGGGACACUCCUACAGAGUUCUCUACCUGGCUGUGUCACCAGACGGAGAGGCCAUUGUGACGGGGGCGGGAGACGAGACUCUGCGUUUCUGGAAUGUUUUCAGUAAGACACGCUGCACCAAGGAGUCCAAGUCGGUGUUGAAUCUCUUUACCAGGAUACGAUAGUGAAAUGGGAGGAGGACUAAAGUAGAGGGGGUCGGGGAGACACCACCUUGAACCCCGCAUAAACCCCCCUUUACCACUCUACUAACCAUCACUACGAACAAACUCCUCACCUCUCAAUUCCACUUUUUUUAUACAGAGGACAGCUCCAACCACCACCAGCCUGCGAGCAGCUGUCCCACUAAAGUGAUGUCAUUGAUUAAAAACGAACACAGCCUUAGAGUGAGGGGCUUGUUGUCUCUGUACAACGUCUGUCCUAUAUUUCUGUCGUGGAUGUCCUGAGAUGUUUUAGAAUUAUCAUUAGGGCCAGCAGUUAUUAUUUUUUUUAUCUGACCAUGUGACCUGACCAGGGCCCGGAGUUUCUACUGGUCAGGUCACGUGUUCAGGAAAAAAGUCCUGUCUUUAGACAUAUACCUCCACUAAUAUAAUAUCUAAAAUAGUUGAAUAUAUAAAAUCCUUUCAUCACGGUGUAUCGUUUCUCAGCCUUUCCUACAUAACAGAGAGAGAGAGGCCUGGGGGACUUUCUAUAUUUUGAUAAUAUGUAUCUGAACUACCUUAGAAUCCAACAGAAUGUCAUGAUAAUAAACGAGUACACCAAUACAGUCAGCCUGCCCGAGCAGCUGCAGAGACUCA